AUGGCGGGUGGCGAGCGCGCGGGCCACGUGGGCUACUUCGUGCAGCCGACCGUAUUCUGCGACGUGCGCGACCACAUGGACAUCGCGCGCCUAGAGACCUUCGGUCCGGUGCAGCAGAUCAUGAAGUUCUCGCAGAUCGACGAGCUGCUGGAGCGCGCCAACGACACGUACUACGGCCUCGCCGCCGCCCUCUUCACCGGCGACUUGGACAAGGCCAACUAUCUCAUCCAGGGCCUGCGCGCCGGCACCGUUUGGGUGAACGACUACAACGUUUUCGGCAACCAAGUGCCGUUCGGCGGCUACAAGCAGUACGGCAUCGGCCGCGAGAACGGACCCUACGGUAUACGCAAUUAA